AUGGCGACGACGACGUUUGGCCACAACCACCCCGACACCCAGGUGCACAUCGCGCUCUUCACGACCCUGGGCCUGUGCGUCGACGACCUCGAGGUCGACUCGGCCGCACUCGCUGAGUUUGUCGAUCGACUCCAGACGGGCAGGGCACAAUUGCAUCCUGUGCUCGAGCUGCUCGCCGACGCUGUGCGCCGGAUGCCCGAGUUCUUCCACCCGUACGCGGCAACGGCAAUCCUGAUCGGGACCGUGCACCAUAUCAAUUGCACGCUGUUCGAGAAGCAGACAGACAGUGCACCGCUCCAUCCCGUGGCCUUGCCGUAUGUCUUGUACAAACGCGCGAGAAACAGUGCCGGCGAGGUCUAUUCGGCGUUUGUCUGGGACAAGUUCAACUUCCCAGACAUAUCGGCGCAUAUCCAGGUCACCCCUGACAUCCUGUCGUUCUACAAGGAAGAGAUGGCCGGCGAGCGGCACAACUUCGUGCACGACCGUGCGCGUGUCACGGGCAAGGACGUCAAUACAGUGCUGUCGGACAUCUUGGACGAGGUAGUCGGUGCUGUCGAGCGCGCGAGGAAGAUCCUGCAGGGUGAGAAGGAGCGGGAGACGUGGGAGAAGUUCCUGGCGGGCUACGUUGCGUAUCACUUCCUCUCGUCGCGCUACAAGCUUGAGCAGCUCACCGGUGCCGCCGUGGCGUGA